AGGUAUAUACAUAUAAAAGGUCGUCUAUGCCGUUGACAUUUAUUUAAGUUCAGUCCACCGAAACUCAGACAAGCAUCAGCAUCAGACCAUCAGACUAGACCGAACACCAAUCUCAUCUUAAUUCCAGACGACAGACUAGAUCACUCCAAUCCAUCUCCUCCCCUCCCAUAAAUUAGCUAAUAUUUUGGGGAACCCAUCUCAUCUCUAUCUUCAUCUUUAUCUCCCGUCCCUUGCGUAAGCUUCAAACCAUAAACUUCAAGAUGCAGUUCACCACUCUCAUCGUCGCCGCUGCCAGCUUGGCUCUCGGCACCAACGCAGCCGCCCUCCGCCGCGACGGCGCCCGUCUUGCUCAGUUCCGCAUCUUUGGCGCCGAGGGCUGCAAGGCGCUCAACUAUGGCUUCUACACGGUUGACUAUACCGACAUUGGCGUCUGCAACGCCAUAACUGCGGACGUCGAGUCAGUCAACCUCGAGGUCCAAACUGCCGAUGCCGCCGGCUGCACUCUUUUCAUCUACUCGGACGCCAACUGCUCGGCUGGAGAGACUGCUACUUCUGUCAAUGUCUGCAGCGAUGUUCCGGAGGAAACCGAGUCCUGGGGCUCGUACCAAAUCCUAUGCUAGGCGUAUUGUGGCCUACUUAAGGAAUCCUGGAGGAGUAGAGAGAGAGGGGGGGUAAUAUGGGGCAGGAGGCGAUAAGAGAGGUGGUUGACGAAAACGAAGAUGUUACAAAGCGAUUCAUUGCCAUUCGACUAGCAUCGCCCGCACGCACAUGGGCAACGGCGUUAGGAGCAACAAACAUAAUAACUUUUUCACUCCUUUUAUGAACACGGCGGAACGAAGAGCAUGAUUACACACACUCUUUAACAAGAACUUGAUAAUAAUAUACUUCAUAGGACGAUGAGUUAUAUCAACCUUAAACCAUGUCCAU